CGUUGGGUGUACGCGGGUGCGCGGUAUGCAAGCAGGCCGCGGCGUUGGGAGUUACGCGCGGGCAGCGAUCAGCGGGCGAGCUGGGCGCGCGGGUGAAGGUCACACGGGCGGAAGCCAAGGCCGCAUAGGGGUAGGAAUGGCGAGCGCGCGGCAGCACGCGCGCGAGAAGAUGGGCAGCGACAGGGCGCGCGCAAUGAUGCGCGGGUGUGGCGCAGACGCGGGAGUCCUACACCGCGAAGGCAUAGGCGUGCUGGACGCGUACACGCGCAAAGGCGGCAGCGAAGAAAUAGCGUGCGGGAUGGCGCGCGCGUGGUGGGCAGAUGCGCGAAGCCCAGUCCGUGUAGGACUAGGCGAGCGUGAGGCGGUGCACGCAGACGUGGGAGACGCGCGCGCACGAAGCCGCGCGCGACAAGGAUUAGACAACUUACUCACACGUUUCGGAACGUCCAACUACCACAACUACAACGAGGCUCUAACGCGAAUAAGGCAGAUAGGUAACUUACGUGAUUAUUUAAAAGAAUUUGAGCGUUUAGCUUGUCGAGUAAGAGGCUGGCCCGAGACCGUGUUAGUAGGAGCUUUCAUAGGCGGCCUAAAAUUUUAUCUAGCUGCUGAGGUGCGCUUAGAGCGUCCCGAGACAAUGCAUGCCGCCAUGGAGGUUGCUCGACGCCGAGAAGAUCAUCUUGUGGCAACUCGAAGGGGACGGGCGGAUGCACGCUACCCCGAGACACGACACGCACAACCGGAUGCAAGCAAUAUGGUUCCGAGUGGCGGACCACCUGAUACUUCUCGACCACCAGUCCCGGAGGUUAAGAGAUUGUCGCUUGAGGAAAUAAAGCGCCGACGUGAGAAGGGACUCUGUUUCAAGUGCGACGAGAAAUUUACGCUUGGCCAUCAAUGCAAGCAGGCUUUUGUCAUCCACGUCAUCGGUGAUGAAGAGCCUGAGAUCGAGGAGGAUUGGAAGCAAGAAGUCGAGAUUGGGGUUCCUGAAGAGGAGGCCGAAAUCUCAAUGCACGCAAUGGCUGGGACGAAAGGACCGAAGACAAUGCGGUUACCAGCAUGUGUCAAAGACCGCCGUAUAGUCGUGCUUGUAGACAACGGAUCCUCACACAACUUCAUCAACGCAACGCUAUCUCAAAAAAAUGUGCACGAGCCCAUAUACGAGGGUUCCGACAUGCACAAUGGCAUAGGAGGUCGAGCAAGAUGCUCAAGAGAUCGAGGCUUUAAGGCUCGAGUGACAUGGUCGACUGGUGCAAGGCAUGCGCGAGGGAGCAACGCGAACGACGCUUGGAGGCUAAGGCCUCGGGCAUUCACUUUAUGGACGAGACGAGCAGUGCGCGAGGGGAGGAUGUUGGGUGGACAGCGCGCACGUGGGACGACUGCAAGGAAGGGCGCGAACACGUGCAUUGGCGUAGACGCACGCAAACAAGACCAUGCCUCGGAAGGAAGCGCUAUCGGAG